GUUAUAAAAGCAAAUGGGCAAAAUUGGAAAUGAAUGUAGAAUCCCUGCCCUAAACCUUCUCUGUAUAUAAGGGCUGGGACUAGGGUUUUGAAGCUUCGUUUCACUCCACACAGAGAGAGGGGGAGAGAGAGAGAGAGAGAGAGAGAGAGAGAGAGAAGAUGCCGGCGGGUCAUGGAGUGAGGUCGAGGACGAGGGAUCUCUUCUCCCGUCCCUUCAGGAAGAAGGGUUAUAUCCCUCUCUCCACCUACCUGAAGACGUAUCGCAUCGGCGAUUACGUUGAUAUUAAGGUUAACGGCGCCGUUCACAAAGGAAUGCCCCAUAAAUUCUACCAUGGCCGAACCGGCAGGGUCUGGAACGUCACAAAACGCGCCAUCGGCGUGGAAGUGAACAAACAGGUCGGCAAUCGGAUAAUCAGGAAAAGGAUCCAUGUCCGAGUGGAGCAUGUGCAGCCUUCGAGGUGCACUGAAGAAUUCAGGCUGAGGAAGUUGAAGAAUGAUCAAUUGAAAGCUGAGGCUAAGGCAAAAGGUGAAACUAUCAGCACAAAGAGGCAGCCAAAGGGCCCCAAACCUGGUUUCAUGGUGGAAGCUGCAACCCUGGAAACCGUUACUCCAAUCCCGUAUGAUGUCGUUAAUGAUCUCAAGGGCGGCUAUUAGGUUGAGUGUUUUGUCUAAUUUUGUUCUCGUCUGUUUUAUGUCAUCUGCAAACAUUGGCAGUGUGGACUAGUAAAUGAAUGUUUAUUUCAAUCCGUGAGUUGCCCUUUUCAAUUUCAUCAAAGCAGUAGUUUAUUUGUUUGACAAUUGUGUGGAGAAACAAUCUGCUCUCGUUUUUGAAUAGUUAUGAUUUUUCUGCCAA